AACAGACAGAGCUCACACCCCCUGUAGUAGUGACAGGGAGCAGGGUAGGAGGCAGCUGCAAGUUUGGCUGGUUCCUUCCUUCCCAAUAAGUAUCUAAAGGAUUUACUGAAAGCCAGCUAAGGAAGGAACUGCCAGCCAGCACCGUUUCACACUGAGGCAUCUGUUGGCACCGGGAAGUCACGAUGAACUCUCUCUUCAGGAAAAGAAACAAAGGGAAAUACAGCCCCACCAUGCAAAAGAAGACCAUCUCCAACAAGGAACUCUCCGAGCUCAUAGAGCGACUGCAGAAAAAUGCAGACCAGGUGGAAAAAAACAUUGUGGAGGCUGACUCCCGGAUGCAAAACGACUUACACAAGAUCAAGGCUGGCCAAUCUGCUCAAUACAAGGAUGUCACAGCACGCAAGCUAACAGAAUCAGACAAACUCCUCUACGUGUUGGAUGGUGAUGCAGCAGUUGCCAGGCACAUGAAACACCCACAAGGCGACAUGAUCACAGAAGACAUCCGGCAGCUGAAGGAACGCAUAGCAAACUUGCGCCUGAAACACGACCAGAUCUACAACUUCACCCCACAGGAGGUUGAACCACAGGUCAACUGGUCAGAGGUGAUUGAUGAAAAGCAGGACUUGUUGAACAGCAAGGGCUUUGGGACCGACCUGCCUCUUGUCAACAGUCAGGUGGAAGAGCACAACAUCUUCCACAAUGAGGUGAUGGCCAUCGGACCGCACAUCAACAAGGAAGGGGACAAGGAAUAUCAAAGUGACCUCCAGGUGAAAUAUCAGAAGCUGCUGUCAGACUCCCAGCAGCGACAGCAGGAUUUGAACUCCCUGGAGGACUACAUGCAGCGCUGCACUAACAAGCUGUACUGGCUGGACCAGCAGGCAAAGGACAAGAUGAAUUAUGACUGGAGUGACCAUAACCUGGACUACCCUAGCCGCCGCCGCCAAUAUGAAAACUUUAUCCACUGGAAGCUUGAAGAGAAAGAGGAGGCCAUCAACAAACUGCACACAGAUGGGGAACAGCUGCUGGCCCAGAACCACCCAGCAAGGAACGCUAUUGAGGCUCACAUCGAGGCAGUCCAUGCUGACUGGAAGGAGUAUCUCAAUUUGCUGAUCUGUGAGGAGAGCCACCUGAAAUUUAUGGAGGAUUACCACCAGUUCCAAAAGGAUGCCAAGGAUGCCCAGGAGCUGCUGAGGAAGGUGGAUACAGACCUGGACCAGAAAUACAGCCCUGACUUUAAGGACAGAUACCAGAUCGAGUCUCUUCUUCGAGAGCUGGAUGACCAGGAAAAGGCCUUGGACAAGUACGAUACAGUGGUGACAUCUCUGCAGAAGCGCAGCCAGCAGGUCCUUCCUCUGAGGUUGCGUCGGGAGACUCCGCUCCAGCCCACUGCAGUGGAGGCUCUCUGCGACUAUGAUGGCGAUCAGGGCCAGAUCACCCGAGGAGUCCGCUACACCCUGAAUAAGAACAAUGGGGACACCUGGGACGUGGCAGACAGCUCAGGAAACAGCAUCAGUGCCCCUGGGAUCUGCUUUAUGAUCCCCCCUCCAGACCCUGACUCCUUAGCACUCACUGACAACAUUGCUGUUCAGUAUGAGAAUGUGAAACAGAAGACUACCAACAGCAAGAAUGCUCUGCAGCAACGCUAUGAGGGACUGAAGGCAGACAGUAUUGGAGAUGCUGCAUCCAUACAUGGGCGCCAGCUGCUAGCAGGGCUGGAGAAAAUAAACAGCGACCUCGACAAACAGGAGAAGGCAAUAACAGCAAACCUACGCCCCCCACUAGAGCAAAGUCGCACCGUGCAGGAUAGUGCUGAGCGUUCAAAGGAGCUGAAGAACAUCACUAACGAAGUUGACCAAAUUGAGCCCGAGAAAACAAGGAAGAUCCAGGAGUGUGAGACCUUUAUUGAAUCAGUUCCGAGCACUGGCAGUGCCGCUUUGGUGAGGAACAAGGUCAAGGAAACUAACAACAAGUAUGACCGUGUGAUCCAGCUCCUAAACGCUGCCCAGAAAAAGGUUGAUGUGGCCAAUUGCCUCGAGAAGAGCCUCCAGCAAGGCAGAGACCUGCUAUCUACCUAUGAAAAUAAACUGGUUAUAGAUGACACUGUACCAGAGGAUGCAAGGGGCCUAGAUUGGAAGACAGAAGAACUAUUAGCCAUGGGCUCUGAGCUACAGUCCAAAAGGUCCGUGCUCAAUGAGGCAGAGCAGAACUUACAAAAAGCAAAGACAUGCUCCAGCACCCUCGCCAGCAGGUUCCAGGAGCAUUGCCCUGACAUCGAACGACAGGAAGCAGAGAUCUACAAACUCAACCAGCGCUUCAGCAACCUCAGCAAGCAAAUCGACCACAGAUCUCAGAUGCUGCAAAAGGCAAAAACAUCUUAUUCUGACUACCGUGCAGGCUAUGAUGACAUCACCCAGUUCCUUUCCAGCAUUUCUAACUAUGAGCCACAGGAGACUGACAACAUUCAGCAAGUGGAGACUAAGUUGAAGAACCAAAUGAUGCUGCUGAAUGACAUUGCAGGCAAGGAGGAGGCUGUACAGAAAGUCUCUGCCAAUGCCCAGCAGUACCAGCAAGCUGUGAAGGACUAUGAGAUAGAGGCAGAGAAGUUACGAUCCAUUCUUGACCUGGAAAAUGGACGGAACGGUUACAUGAGCAAGAGACCCAGACUCCAGUCCCCAGCUGCUAAAGUGAAAGAGGAGGAAGCAGUUCUGGCUGCUAAAUUCACUGAAGUUAAGGCUGUCAAUAAGCAAAGGCUGCAAAACCUGGAAUUUGCUCAGAAUCUCCUGAGACAGCAGCCAGAGGUGCGAGUGAUGCAGGAGUCUGUCCAGACCAGCAAGUCAAAGAGGCCGCUUCAGGAAAUCUGGAAGCUAAAGAAAGAACUUGAGGAUGAGACUCAGCGUCGGCAGGAGCUGGAAUCGGAGAUCAAAACCAUCCAGAGUAACAUUGUCCACCUGCAGAACCAGAAACCCCAAGAAACUGUGGUUAAGAAAGAACUGCUGAAGAAAGUGCCAGACCCUCAGCUGGAUGAGAACUUACACAAAAUGCAGCAAAGCCUGGCAGAAGAACAGCGCAAGAACCAGGUGCUACAGGAUGAGCUGGAGACCCUGAAACUGAAGCUGCGAGCCCUAGAGUACGAGAGGAGGGAAGGAGGUAGAGAGUAUGUGGUAAAGGAGGUGCUGCGUAUUGAGCAGGACAAAGCACAAGCAGAUGAAAUCCUAAAGCUGAAAGAAGAGCUGGAGGAGCUUAGGAGGCAGGAGGGGACCAGAGAGAAUGAGGUCACCCUCUUGCGCCAACAGAUCUUUGUGUUGUCCAAUGAGAAGAACACAGAGCAGGAGAAGGUGACUGAGAAGGAGGUGCUGAAGCUGCAGAAUGACCCCCAGCUGGAGGCAGAAUUCCAGAUGCUGCAGGAGAACAAGCAGAGGGAGAGUACCCUGAGGCAGAAGCAAGAGGAAGAACUCAGCUUCCUGCAGGACAACCUAAGGCGGCUGGAGAAGGAGCGAGCCAUUGUUGAGGGCCAGAUCACAGUGAAGGAGGUGCUGAAGGUGGAGAAAGACCUCACUAUGGAGAGGGAGGUGAACGAGCUGCGGCGCCAGUACGAAGAUGAAAAGUCCAAGAACUGCUCCAAUGAGAGGGAAAAGGCUGAGCUGCUCAGGAAGAUCCAGGUCCUAGAGGAGGAAAAUGCUAAGGUGGUCAUCCAGGAGAAGGUGCGUGAAAUUGUGCGCCCCGAUCCCAAAGCUGAAAAUGAAGUGGCCAACCUUCGCUUGGAGUUGGUGCAGCAAGAGAGGAAGUGCCGAGGCGGGGAGGAGCAGCUGAAGAGCUGCCAGACUGAGCUAGCCACUCUCAGAAACAGAGGACCCCAGGUGGAGGUGAAAGAAGUUAUCAAGGAGGUCAUUAAGUACAAGAAUGAUCCAGAGACUGAGAGGGAGCUGCAGAGACUCCGUGAGGAGAUUAUGGACAGGACGGGUGCAAUUGAAAGAGCUGAUUUGGAAAUCUAUCAGCUGAAGCAAGAGAUUCAAGUCUUGAAAGACACCAAGCCUCAGGUGCAGAUGAAGGAAGUGGUUCAAGAAAUUCUCCAGUAUCGGGAAGACCCCAAGACCAGGGAGGAGGUGGAGUUCCUGAGAGCUCAGCUAGCAGAUGAGCAGAAAAAGCAUAUUGAUCUGGAGAGGGAGCAGCUGCUUCAAGAGGAGAAGAUCAGGCAGAAGGAGGAAGAGCUGUCACAUGUGAGAGAGAAAGUGGUCCAGCAGGAGGUGGUGAAGUAUGAACAAGACCCCAGCUUGCAAGCAGAGGUUAAUUCCUUCUCUCAGAGCAUCGAGAACGAGCUGAUGCAGAUCGACUGCCUGCGGGAGGAGAUGCGUAAGCUGCAGCGAAGGAGAUCUGAGCUGGAGCGCCAGCUGGAGGAACUUGAGAGAGAGAGGCAGGCCCGCAGAGAAGCUGAACUUGAGGUGCAAAGGCUGAAGAUCAGGCUGAAUGAGCUGGAGGAGCAGGAAAGGGAGACUACAGAGAGAGUGACUGUGAAGCAGAAAGUAAUCCUUCAGCAAGACCCACAGCAGGAGAAGGAACACUCCCUCCUCAAGCUGGAGUUAGAGGAGGAGAAGCACCGAAGGCAAGUCCUGCAAGCAGAGUUGGAAGCCCUAAGCAAGAAGCUCCUCACACUGGAGAGGAUGGAGGUCAAAGAAAAAGUGGUCUUUUCAGAGAGCGUUCAAGUGGACAGAGGGGACACUGAGUAUGAGAUUCAAAAGCUGAAGAGCAACCUGGAGGAGGAAAGCCGGCGUAAGAGGGAGCUGGAUGCAGAUAUGAAUCGGCUUGAGGCCUGGCUGUCUGAGGUGGAAUUCAGCAACUCCAAGUCCUCGAAGGAACUAGACUUCUUGAGGGAGGAAAACCACAAGCUCCACCUAGAAAAGCAGAAUCUGUUGAUGGAAACCAAGAGGCUGCAGUCAGAGAUUGAACUCACAGCAACAGAAGCUCGGGACUUAAGGAACAUGACCCAGGUGGACAGUGGAGUGAAUCUGGACUCCAGAUUCCAGACCUUAGAGAGAGAACUGGAAGAUCUGAAGAAGUUGUCCAAAGAAAAAGACACAGAAAUUGAGCAGCUUCAGAAUCGCCUUAAGACAGUAGCCAUCAAGAGAGAGCAAAGAGAGAACCACCUGCGACGUUCUAUUGUGGUCAUUGACCCCGACACAGGCAAAGAGAUGUCUCCAGAGGAAGCUCACAAACUUGGCCUCAUUGAAUGGAGCUUGUUUGUCAAGCUGAAGAGCCAGGAAUGCGACUGGGAGGAGAUCACUAUCAAGGGGCCCAACGGAGAAUCCUCUGUGAUCCUCGACAGGAAGUCUGGCAAAGAAUUCUCAAUUGAGGAUGCCUUAAAGAGCGGAAGGCUAACCAUGGCUCAAUAUGAUAGUUACCUCAACAAACAGAUAUCCAUCCAGGAGCUGGCAGUCUUGGUGUCUGGAAGUAAUUACAAAAUGUUCCCUCCAUUCUAAUUAGAAAAACUUUUAUUCAAGCAGCUUGGUGAGAGCUGCACAACUUAUUACCACCCUAGACUGCUGCAAGUCAUUGCCUCCCUUGCGUCUUCCAAAUUACUAGAGCUUUCUUUUGCAUGGUCCAUCAGGAGGGUGCUAUGAAGCCAUACUGUUUGCUGUAUUUGUUGCAGAAAAAGCAUUUGUCAAAGUUAUGCUUAACCAUUCUUCCCCACCACUUUACCUGGGCACAUACUCCCACAGAAAAUGGGUAGAGUCAGAUCAGCAUCUCACAUUCACAGUGUCCAAUUGAAAACAGGUUGUCUGUUGGUAUAAUUCUUUGUGUGUGAAAUCUGUACUUCUCCUCAGAGGAUAAGAGGAUAGAUAUGCAAGGAGCUGUAUAAGAAGGAACAAGAAAAGGACUAGAGGUCGAGACUCAAGGAAUGCCAGCAGAACAUUUCAAGCAAAAAUGUGCAUUUGAAAAUCUAAAGCCAGACACUUGCAUUACAUACAUUUGACUAAACAAUGGUAUCUUUACCUGAGAAAAGCAGUUGAAAGCUCAAAAAUGAAAUUUGCAUCUUAAUUGUGUAGUCAUUAUGUUAACAUCUAAAUGGCUGCUUCUAUUAAAACUUUGUUCACCUGAGUGCCUAUAAUGAGGAGGAACGGGGGACAACCCCCACCCCCAGCAGUUUGAUGCAGUAAACCCUAUAUUGAAGGAGAUAUUCAUAGAGAUCGCCCAGAAUCUUGUAAAGAGAUAUCAAUGUUACAAUAACCAAAUGCAGAGAUGCUUUCUAGAGACAGUUGUGCUUCCUUCAUGGUUAAAAGCCAUUCAUGCCGGUAUUUUACUGACUACAGUUGCAUUCAUUUAUAUGUAUCGUUUAUUUGUAUAAGGGAAUGGGAAAUAUAGGGAAAUUCUAUUUAUAGCACAAAAUAAAAAUGUGGUGGUUUAAGCCAA